GACUAGGGCAAACUGUUAACGCGUCCAGUGAGGCUAUAGUCCCAAACAAUACCAUUAUAUUCGACAAUGGAGGGCAUGCUCUGAGAAUUGCCGGUCAAGAUAAUAUCCUCAAUAUGGGGAGUUUGUAUUUGGAUAGUAACUAUACCUUCGAGUUUUGGUUCCAGCCCGAUUACGAGAAUGAGCUUGCUUCGCAUCGAAGCUAUGCGUUGGUGUCUGCCAAUCUAGAUACGGACACGAAUGGAGAAAAGGUCAGCGUCGCCUACCUUGCCAUUCACGAGGGGCAGCUGGUAAUCGAAGGUACUUGUUUACGUGAGCUUGUUAUGUAA